CCCCCAAACCCUUCCCCAUUGCACCCUGCAGCCCCCCCAAACCCUUCCCCAUUGCACCCUGCAACCCCCCCCAAACCCUUCCCCCGUUGCACCCCGCAAACCCUCGCCCUAGUGCGCGCCCUCCUCUGCUGCUGCACCCUGCAGCCCAGCACCCCCCCCCGCACCCCGCUCUCCCCCCCACCUUUCCCCCUAUGCACCCCAUACUCCGACCAGCCCUUCCCCUAUAGCGCCCUGCAGUCCAGCACGCCCUGGCCCCCUCAACCUGCCGCAUCCCCCCCCUGCUCCAGCCCCCCCUGCACCCCCCAGCCCAGCGAACCCUUCUCCUACCCCACCCCAGGCAUCCCCCAGUCCAGCCGCCCCUUUCCCCCCACCGUCCCCCAGUCCAGCCGCCCCUUUCCCCCCAGCGUCCCCAGUCCAGCCGCCCCUUUCCCCCCAGUGUCCCCCAGUCCAGCCGCCCCUUUCCCCCCUCCCUCCUCCAGUCCAGCAAACCCUUCACUUAUUUCAGCUUCCCGUGCGUCCUGCAGUCGAGCCAGCCCUUCCACUACCGCAGCCCCCCCCGCAUCCCCAGAUCCAGCGACCUCUUUCCCUACAGCCCCCUCUACACCCUGCAGUCGAGCCAGCCCUUCCCCUACUGUGCCCCCCCAUGCCUCCCCCAAUCCAGCAAGCCUUUCCACUACCGCAGCCCCCCCCGCCUCCCCAAACCUAGCGACCCCUUUCCUUACUAUUUCCCUUCCUACACGCUGCAGUCGAGCCAGCCCUUCCCCUCCUGCGCCCCCCUGGGGGUCCCCCAAUCGAGCAGACCCUUUCCCUUCUGCACCCCACCCUGCGUCGCAAAGGCCACCGAGCUCUUCCCUUGCUCCGUCCCCCCCCAGCCCAGCGCACCCUUCCCCUCUUACACCCCUCUCCACGUCCCCCAGUCCAGCAAGCCCUUCCCCUCCAGCACCCCGCAGUUGCUGGGGGACCCCUUCCCUGCACUGCACCCCGCAAUCGCCGGACCCCCUCCCUCACCGUUCCCUCCAGCCCAGCCAGCGCCGAGGCUCCCUGCCCCCCCGCUUGCAUGUCUGGGGGGUGCCCUCCCCACCCCAAAACCCCGCUACCCCCUGAGUGGGUGCCUGAAGUCUCUGCUCCCAUCCAGCCCGCGGGGACUGCGCCCCCCCCCCCCCCCCCCCCCCCCCCAAGUCCCAUGGGGGAGCCCCCGGCAGCGGAGCUGGAUGCGGUGCUGGGCGGCGGCGGCUGGGAUGUGGGGGUGAACUUCGAGGGUCCCCCCCCUCCCACCAGCCCCAUCCGCCUGGGGAGGAACGCCUGCUACGUCGUCCUGGCCGUGCUUUUCAACGAGGAGGACCGGGUGCUGCUGGUGCAGGAGGCCAAGCCCGAGUGCCGCGGGAGGUGGUACCUGCCCGCCGGGAGGAUGGAGCCCGGCGAGGGCAUCGUGGCCGCCGUGAGGCGGGAGGUGAAGGAGGAGACGGGGCUGGAGUGCGAACCCCUCACCUUGCUGGCGCUGGAGGAGAGGGGGCCGGCCUGGAUCCGCUUCGCCUUCCUCGCGCGCCCCACCGGCGGGACCCUGAAGACCCUGGAAGAGGCUGAUGCUGAGUCCCUGCAAGCGACGUGGUGGGCUGGGGACCCCCGUGCCCUGCCGCUGCGAGCCCCGGACAUCCUGCCCUUGCUGGACCUCGCUGCCCGCUACCGCCGCAGCCCCCCGCACCCCCCAACGCUGCCGCAGGAGCUGCCCUGCACCCCGCUCUGCUUGAGGCUCCUGGUGGCCUUCGCCAACGACGCUGGGGACCUUUGGGUGCUGCUGGGGGUGACUGGGACCCCCCACCUGCCCGUGGUGGCCUGGGGCACGUCCCCAGCCGAGCUCCAUGGGGGUCUCAGCCUGCCCGUGCUGCGGCUGCUGCAGGACUGCCUGCCCCCAGCGCCCCCCCCGGGACCCCUGGGCUUGCUGGGGCUGCAGCACCGGGCUGGGGGACCCGGGGGGGCUGAUGGCAUCUGCUUCAACGUGCUGCUGAGCAUCCCGCCCGGCAGCCCUCGGGCUGCCCCCCCCGAGCCGUGCAGCCCCACUUUCCACUGGUGGUGUGUGGAGGAGGAGAGCCUGAGGGGCCGCAUCCUGCAGCGGCUCCGCACCACGGCCACGGUGCCUGUCCGUAGCUAGUGCCCUCUAAGCCCCCAGCAGCCUGGUUUUGGGUGCUGGGGGGGCGGGGGGGAAGGCAGUUGGGACACAUGGCUGGGGGUCCUGCUUGCAGUGCCAAAGGGAGAGCCCCGCCCUGUGACUGGGGGGGAUGUUUUGGGGCAGGACAUGGUGCUGUGUCCUGGCCCGGGGAGGGUGCUGAGAGCCAGGCAGAGCAGAAAUAAACCCGGCUGCUGCUUCUUGCA